UUUUAAAACUUGCCCGACUUAUUUUAUUAUUCAUAUCAGGAAGACCCUUAUAUAUCUCGCACACACAAAAAUGUUUAAAAAAUUUAAUCUGCAAGAGACCAUGAGCGGGCAGAACCCCGUCAAAUCCUCAGUAGUACGUGGGAUCCGUUCCAAGCUGGUCGAGCAGUUCCCCGGACUCGAGCCUCACAUCGACGAGAUUCUGCCAAAGAAAGUCAACCUGAUUCAGAUCAAAUGCAAGGACCAUUUCACCUUGUACGCGAUUGACAACGAGAUUAUGUUUUUCCAGCAUUUCAGUGAUCCGAUCACCCCGACUUUGCGUCUUCUGCACCAAUACCCGGAUAUUCUGCCGCAUGUGAGAGCUGAUCGCGGUGCCAUUAAGUUUGUUCUUUCGGGGGCUAAUAUUAUGUGUCCUGGGUUGACUUCUGCUGGUGCUUGGUUGCCUGAGGAGAAUAUUCCGGAGGAUACAGUUGUUGCUGUUAUGGCGGAGGGGAAGGAGCAUGCUUUGGCUGUGGGCGUUAUGAAGAUGUCGACGGAUGAUAUCAAGUCUAUCAACAAGAACACUGGCGUGGAUCUUAUCCAGCAUCUGUCCGAUCCCCUGUGGAAGACGCGUCUGGAUUAAUACAAAGAAUAGAGAGGUAUAUAAUAAUAAUUUGUUGGAUUUUUAUACUUUAUAUUUCAUUUAAUCUGAAUAAUAGAAAUAAAAAACUUUUGGAAUAAAUAUAG